AGUGUGGAGUUUAGUGUCUAGGAGAGCAGAGAGGAAUCUGUCCUGCAGCUUCAGUCACUGUCCCGCACUGUCCUGCACCGUCCAGCUCAUCCUCACCCCUCCGACAUCAUGGUCGACUCAUUCUGCGCCACCUGGAAACUCGUAGACAGCCAGAACUUCGAUGAGUACAUGAAAGCUUUGGGUGUGGGCUUCGCCACCAGACAGGUGGGAAAUGUCACCAAGCCCACCAUCGUGGUCAGUCAGGAGGGAGACAAGAUCAUCAUCAAAACCCUGAGCACCUUCAAAAACACCGAGAUCUCCUUCAAACUGGGGGAGGAGUUCGACGAGACCACCGCAGACGACAGGAACGUAAAGUCCACAGUAACCUUGGAUGGAGACAAACUGGUACACGUGCAGAAGUGGGACGGAAAAGAGACCAAGUUCAUCCGAGAACUCAAGGACGGGAAAAUGGUGAUGACCCUGAACUUCGAGGGCGUGCAGGCGGUCCGUACGUACGAGAAAGCGUAACGAGGAACACGCUUCAGUCUACUCCUGGCAACUUGACGUGGUUAUAGCAGAGUUUUUGUUCAUAUAUGACUAGCCUGUCCCAUUUUAAUACACGGGGCACCUUUUUUAACUACUUUUUAUAUCAAAUGCAUUGUUAUGGAGUUGUGGAGUUUUUAAAUCCUCUCUGGAUAUUUGUGUUAAACUGACUGAAAUACAUACGUGAUGAUAAA